AUGCUCCUGCGCCGUUUUGCGUCAACUUCAACGUUGCCGCCAACGAUCCGGCAGCUACUUUCUUCCCUGCAACCGACUGGCCAUGUGACUAAAGUACAAUUGAGUGGUUGGAUCAAAUCUGUACGAAGACAGAAAAAUGUCACUUUCGCGGUGAUUAACGAUGGAAGUUGUGGUUCCGGCUUGCAAGCAGUCUUGAAGCCAGAUGCUACCCCACACAACUUAACCAAUGGUGCCAGCGUCCGCAUUUGUGGCAACCUGGUCCAAAGCUUGGGCCGCGGACAAUCAUAUGAACUGCAUGCCUACCCUAUCCAAAAGCAAGCCCUACCCGUGGAAUUUCUAAGGGACAAUGCUCAUCUGAGGGCUCGAACAGAUAUCAAUGCUGCUAUGCUCCGUCUACGUGACUCUGUCCUUCGGACGCUACAUAGUUAUUAUGAGGCCCAAGACUUCCAUUACGUGCACACGCCCAUUCUGACUUCAAACGAUUGUGAGGGUGGUGGGCAAUCGCCCGAUCCGAGCGCACAAGCCGAGUUCUUCUCCCAGCCGGCAUAUCUUACUGUGUCUUCGCAACUUCACCUGGAGGCCCUUGCUGCUUCCCUCUCUCGGGUUUACACGCUCUCUCCUUGCUUCCGGGCAGAACGUUCUCAAACGAAUAGGCACCUUGCGGAAUUCUGGAUGCUCGAAGCUGAAUGGGCAUUUAUUAGCCACGUCGGAGACGUAUGUUAUGUGGUUGAGGAGUCUCUCAAAAAUGCGUUGCAGAAAUACCAUGCUUCUUCUCGAGUUGGAUUCGAAUUCCAGCCUGCAUGGGGGAGAUCAUUGCAAAGCGAGCAUGAGCGUUGGCUUUCGGAACGACUUGUCGGCGGUCCUGUAUUUGUCACAGACUACCCAACCUCCCUGAAACCAUUCUAUAUGCGAGCUAAUGAUGAUGGGCAAACUGUAGCGUGCUUUGAUCUUCUAGUUCCUUUCAUCGGCGAGCUCGUGGGUGGGUCGCUCAGAGAAGAGAGAUAUUCUCAUUUGGUCGAGGCUAUACAGAGGCAUGGGCUUAAGGAGGAAGAAUACGGGUGGUACGUGGAUUUGAGGAAGUAUGGGAGCGCGCCUCAUGGGGGCUAUGGGCUGGGGUUCGAACGACUGAUUAGCUGGAUGAGCGGGAUUGAGAAUGUGCGGGAGUGCAUCGCGAUGCCGAGGUGGGCAAAACGGAUGUUGUUGUAA